AUGGCGUCCGGCAAGACACCAAAACACAACCCUGGUCCGACGUUGUUGCCGGGCCCGAUAGCAUCGACCGUUAGCCUCGCGACGCGCUCAACGUCCCUUGCCAUCCGUAUCGGUUCCGUUGUCGGCGAAUAUGGACUCAAUGCCGCGCGUUUCACCACCCUAUCCAGUCUUGAACUUGCCCGUGGUCUAGUCGAAGUUGUUCUAACUCGCGCCGGAAAGGACACCUUGGAUCACGCAAAGAGCAGCCUCGCUGCUGCAGACGCUGAAAAUGUACUCGAACGCAGCUUGGAGGGCCUCCAUUACGCAGUCAUACAAGUCGCUUUCUGGACCUCGGCCAGCUUUCGCCUGACUGGCACAACACUUUCGUUGGCCUCGAAUACGUCACAGCUUCUUCUUUCAUCUUUGGAUAAGCUCCUUGGCUCGACAGACUCUUCUCGUGCCGUCGCCAGCAUCAUCACUCUCAUACGCCGGGAAUUUCGCAAUCCAGUUACCGGCUUCCAGGGCGAGCGCGUCGGCGUCAUUGACCUGACACUAGCUCUUAGUGCCCUGGCUUAUUUACAGCAAGCCUGCCGCAAAUUGCCUGAGGAAGAGGCGCGCAGAAAUGCCUUUGAGGAAGUCAUCUGGGAUGUUGUUGUACUCAACGAUGGCGACCGCGUUGAAUUUGACGACAAGAUAGCUUUGCAGCGCGGUUUUACGCCGGCGUUUAAUCACGAAGCUUCCCGUCGAGGCUCCCAGGAUGAGGAAGCCCUGGCGCAGUUGGAGAGCCACAUCACACAAUCCCUGCCGCCUGAAGCAAAGGUUACCAUUUCUAGCUACGUUACAACGGUUCAAACUAUUACAGUUGAAGUCGAAGGGUGCCUUCCUGUUCUUCCCACGCCACCGGGGGCCGAAAUCAUCGAGACUACUGCGCCAGUGUCUAGAUCGAAGCGUCUUUCAUAUCCAGGUCAUGACAAUGAUGGUCCUUACCGAGUCGUUUAUAAAAUAGAGCGCGACAAAUUUCGCGUCAAGAACCUGCAAGGAGGCGACGACAUAGAAACAGGUUCAGUUCUAGGUGAAAUUGAGAGCGACAAAGAAUCUCCUACGCCAAUGCAGUACAACCCAGCCACUGGCACAUUUCUGCCCGUAGCUACUCCCUCGCCACCACCUCAAGACGUUGACGACCAUAAAUCAAAAUCUCCUCCCGCUUCUCCUAGCAGUGAGGAGAACGAUAACAUACCAAAAAGCAUACCGACCCGCAAACCUGAGCCCACUGCGAACCAGAAACGUCAGAGGCAGCCCGCUGCUGCGGUGUCUAACAAAGCGAACGCACAGAAUACUAUAAGAGUCUCACAAAAGAAAAAGACGGAUGGCAUCGGCCGCGCCGUAGACAAAAAGCCUGGUCUCAAACAGGUUCUCAAAGAGGGAAGCCAGUCCAUCUCAAAUAUGUGGAACAAGGAUGGCAUCGAAAACGGUUCAAGAGCAAGACAAGGAAAUACCGCCAGUAGCCGUGCUGAAUCAUCUCAAAAAGUAACAGCACUGCACAACCGUCCAACCAAAGCAUCACAGGAACGGUCAAUUGCCAACCGAAGAUCCAUCGCAACUCCGGAGCCAUUGAAUCGCAGCUCGUCCCGCACCAGCUACCUAUCGCUCUCCGACAGACGGCAUUCAAUCGCGCAGAGCAGCUAUAAUGCCGUCACCGGUGGUAUGAAGCCGCCCUCGCCGACUCUCACAAAAGACUCGCCAUUUCUACAAGAUUCUACUUUUCGAUCACGGCGAGGCUCGCUAGUCGGUACCACUGUCCCGGCCUCGCCCAUGAGAGGUCACCGCCGCAGCGGAUCACACGCACCCAGCAUAUACAGCCUCGCAACAAACGACUCACAGACUUCGCUUGUUCUGUCAUCAUAUUAUAAAAAGAGCACUUAUAGCACUGCCGAUGCUUUGCACACUUUACGCCAAGAAGGAUUCGUGGACGGCACAUUCCCAGAGGGGCAUCUGCUCCCUAACAUUACCAGAUAUAUGCGCUUCUCAUCAGCAUGCUAUGGAUCGCAUUUCCUGAAGUUUCUGGGCAUUUCCAACAAUAUGCCGAAAAUGACCAGUUGGGAUGGAAUUCAUCAAGAUGUGCGCCACUUUGCUCACCACACCGAGUCCAACACCGGAAACAUUUUACUCGCCUCGUUUGUUGAUCCCCAAGGCGGAAGCGACUCCACUGGUGCUACUGGCACCGGUGUACCACUCGUUCAUUACAUUUCUCUCGAUCACGAAGCCAAGGCCGUGGUGCUGGCCUGCCGCGGCACGCUUGGCUUUGAGGAUGUCAUGGCUGACAUGACGUGCGACUACGACGAUCUCGUCUGGAAAAAGCGCUCCUACAAAGUGCAUAAAGGUGUGCAUGCGUCUGCACGACGACUGCUCUACGGUGGUGACGGUCGCGUCUUGGUCACACUCAAAGAAGCCCUCGCUGAAUUUCCCGACUACGGCCUGGUCCUUUGCGGCCACUCUCUGGGGGGCGGAGUGACGGCUCUUCUUGGUGUCAUGCUGGCCGAAGCAAACCUCAAUGGUCCGGGCUUUGUCACGGCUCCCGAGGCUGCGUUCAAAAAGAUGCUCACCGACGGAAGGUCUAACAACAACAUGCACAACGAAGUCUUUAUCCCUGCCGGACGUCGCAUCCACGUCUACGCGUACGGAUCUCCGGGCGUCAUGUCCCCCAAGCUCCGCAAAAUUACCCGCGGCCUCAUCACGACCGUUGUGCACGGCGACGACCUGGUCCCGCACCUCUCCCUCGGCAUUCUGCACGACUUUCAGGCCCUCACGCUCGCCUUUAAAGACAAGGAGAACGCGACCAAGGCGGACAUGCGCAAGCGCAUGUGGGCCGCGAUCCAAGGCAAUCUGUCCUAUGCGUGGCACGGCGGCUCCGAGUCCCGCGCGGUCCCCGGCAACGACGAGCACAAGUGGAUGCUCCCGGCACUGGCGGCUCUGCGCGAGAAUUUUACGUGCGAGAGGCUCGUGCCGCCAGGCGAGGUGUUUGUGAUUGAGAGCUACCCGGCGCUGCGGCGCGAGGCGUUUUUGCUCAAUGGCGAGGGGCUGCUGGGACGGCCGGCGACGAGGGUCAUUUUGAAAUAUGUGCGCGACGUGGAGACGAGGUUUCUGGAACCGCGGUUCGGGACGAGCAUGUUGUCGGACCAUAGCCCGGCAAACUACGAGAAUGCACUGAAUAAGAUGAGGCUGGGUGUGGUGGACUGA